UCUAGUAUGCAACGGUCAGUAAAACAACGAUCGCGGCCGGUGAGAGAAUGACAGACGAAGAAAUAGAGCUCACCGGUUUGGGUACAAUAUUUUAUCCAAACAAAUGACGCACUUGGAAGGAAGGAAUUCUAAAUGGAUCUGGAUCUGGAUGACAUCAGUGCCGGGAGUCGAGAACGUACCGGAAGAUGUGUGUGUGUGUGUGUGUGGUGGAUCUUUUAAUUUGCUUUUUCGUUUUUCGUAUGGUCCCAAACGCAGCGGGAGAUCACUUGGAAGCAUCCAAACCAGACUCGUUUCAAACCCAAAUUUUGGAGUGUUUGGUGAGACACCGGAGAAAAUUGUGAUCAUUUCCUGUGUUCCCCAUGCUCGUACAUGUUGGGAACCUCGGAGUACGGCCCGGCGCAUCCAAUAAUCGAACUAGGUCAUUGAGCUCCGGUAAUGGUCCCAAGUUCUAGCGGCGUAGAUUUUGGCCUUUUCGGCGUCGUCGUGGUGUUAGUGUUGUCUUAUUCCCUCUACGCUCCCCUCCGGUGAGAUGAUCGAGCAAAAGCAGAAUGAAUCUGGAGAAAGUCGGCCGACACAUUGACAUGCGUGCUGUAAAAGUACCGUUCGACACCGAACUGCCUCCCAUCCUGGAAGGUGAGAACGAGAAAGCGAUGUGCCGUUGGCGGUGAAGAAUUGGUUGCUCGCCAGGUUGGCAGAAGUUUUGUCCCUCGGUGGUCAAUCAGUGUGGUGAGAAUUUCGGUGCGUGAAAGACUCAGUGUUUGUGUAUUGCCUCGCCGAAGAGAUGACACGCAGGGCAGUUUCGUUGCUAUUUGUUGGAAGUGUGUUACUCGGCGGAUGCUUCUCGGCCGGAGACUUUGGGUUGCCGUACAGUGUGCCUGGCUUUGAUGCCAGCUUCCGGAGCGGCAUUGGAUCGGGCAUAGUGGCCAUCGUGAAGGCGAACGCCAGUUUGCUGAAGUACGAAGCGAACCUUGAUCGGAGCGGUGCGACGACGGUGCUGUUCGACGUUGCGAAUAACCUAACCUCACCGCUGAACAAGCUGCUGGGCCACGUGGCAGCUACGUUUGGAGCGAACAGUUCCGGCUCACUGCAGGCUUUGGUGGAGGAGUUGCAGGCCACAGUACUACCUGCGACUUCCGCCCUGGAGCAAGCCUCAUCCACAAUCCGCAAGCUUCAGGGAGCAGUGCGACCCCAAAUGCUGGAUGCUCUCUCGAGCAAUGUGAGCACGAUCGUGACCGAAAUUGGAACACUCGCUCGCAACUGGCCACCGUUUGCCGUCGCACUGCAGGAAGCGUCCUCACCCGACUCUACCUACAGCAGUGGGAACGUGUCCACACUCAUCACACCCGCUCUAGUACAAUCGAUAACCGCGCCGGUAACGCUGAUCAACUCGGCCCUCUCGGACAUUGCCACCAUGUACGGUACGAUCGGUAAAGAUCGCAUCACAGGCAUCGGCUACGAAACGACCACCAACAGCAGCAUUCAGAAUGCGCUCCAGGAUUUGCAGGGCAGCGUGACACUUGCCAACCGGACGCUUACUGACACCGCGCGCCAGAUGGAGCAACAAUCGAAUGCGACCGUCCGCCAGGUGCGGGACGGUUAUUCCUCCGUGCUCUCCCGUCUUGGUGACUCCGCUUCGGAAGCAUCCAAAGUGAGAAGCUUCCUGGAGCGUACGGAAGCCCAGGGACUGGAGCACAACAAACGGGCCGGGGAGCUGCUGCGUGAUCUUGCCACGAACUACAGGCGUAUUAUUGAAACCGCCGGAGAAGCGAUCGGUGAUCGGCUGUUUAACGCUACGGCGGCCCUGAUCGAUGAGGCGGCCACCAGCGACAAUAGCUAUGCCGAGCGGUGCCUCCAGCGCUACGUUGGUGACUUCCGGCAGGGAUCGUACGCACCGACACGACUGUCCGUCUGCUAUCAGGUGGAUUCCCGUACGGUUGGCUACUUUUCGUCUGCAAAUACGGCGUUCCUGGAGCAGCUGCGCAACGGUGGCGUUUACGGCAAUCAGCUCCAAUCUGUGUGCGCCCAAGGCUCAUCGAAUUGCACCUUGGAGUACUUAGAUCAACUCGAGGGCUUUAGCAAGCAGAACCAAGCCCGACUGAAUGCGUUCGCUACGUUCCUCGGGGAGGAAAUCGUCGCCCUGGUCGACCGGUACGACGUUUGUACGCGUGCAAUCCGGGCGGACAUUGAGCAUUACGUGGAGACGACACAGUACAAGUUUCGGAACUGUUUCCUAACCGGACGAUGAAGCUUAAUAUUUGAGAGAAAGGAGUGAAUAAAACCUAUUAUUAUACGAAUGCUUUCGCAUGGCUUUGGGUGUUUAACAGUCCGAAUGGGAAAAUGCGUUGAGCAAGGGAUGGAGAGCUUAGAUAAGAUUGGAAUUGGAAUGGAGACUCAUGAGAAGAUUGA